AUGCAGACCAUGGAUAUUGAUGACGACACGUAUCCCAUCAAGCCCAGUGUUACAUUUUCAGGUAUCAAUUCAAGUACAAACACACAGCUUUUGUUGCUUACAAUCCUGGAUGAUAUAGGUAUUUUUAACAUUACCAGAGAGAGUUCAAAGACCUUACAUGAUAAUUCCCUGUAAUUCAGCUAAUUUUCAGUGGUGGAAGAGACCCUCUGGAGUUGCUGCAGUGUGUCUGGGGAUGCUGUGUGUUCUCCUACUGGCUGGGAUCAUUGGCCUGUCUGUCUACUGUAAGUUUAGAAGGUUUGGACAGAAACAUUUGUAAACUUCCAUGGUGUGAUAGUUACACAUAUUUGAACUUUUCCCUUUUAAAGAUGGAGUUAUUGGUCAUCACUACUCAACAGAGAGAGACCAACAGGCCAGUUACAGCCUUCUGACUAAAGAAGGAGAUCAGCAACCCACCAGUUAUAAUAACUUGACUAAAGAGGUAGACCAGCUACAGACCAGUUACAACACCCUGACUAAAGAGAGAGACCAGCUACAGACCAGUUACAACACCCUGACUAAAGAGAGAGACCAGCUACAGACCAGUUACAACACCCUGACUAAAGAGAGAGACCAGCUACAGAAUAGUCUAAAUACCAGGACCAGAGAGAGAGACCAGCUACAGAAUAGUCUCACAACCAAAACUAAGGAGAAAGACCAGUUGCAGAAUACUCUCACCACACAAACACAGGAAAUGGAUCAAUUGCAGAAUAGCCUUAACACAAAAACUAAGGAGAGAGACCAGCUACAGAAUAGUCUAAAUACCAGGACGACAGAGAGAGACCAGCUACAGAAUAGUCUAAAUACCAGGACGACAGAGAGAGACCAGCUACAGAAUAGGCUAAAUUCCAGGACCACAGAGAGAGACCAGCUACAGAAUAUUAUAAAUACCAGGACCACAGAGAGAGACCAGCUACAAAAUAGUCUAAAUACCAGGACCAAAGAGAGAGACCGGGUACAAAAUAGUCUCACCACAAGGACCAAAGACAGGGACCAGCAGAAAGAUAGACUUAACGUUAUGACUGCUGAAAGGGAUCAAUUAAAUAAUAAUCUUAAUUCAAGGACCAAAGAGAGAGACCAGUUGAAGAAUAGUCUAAAUACCAGGACCACAGAGAGAGACCAGCUACAGAAUAGUCUCACAACCAAAACUAAGGAGAGAGACCAGUUGCAGAAUAAUCUCACCACAAUAACUCUGGAGAGAGACCAGUUACAGAAUAGUCUAAAUACCAGGACCACAGAGAGAGACCAGCUACAGAAUAGUCUCACAACCAAAACUAAGGAGAGAGACCAGUUGCAGAAUAGUCUAAAUACCAGGACCACUGAGAGAGACCAGUUAAAUACCAGCCUUUGGUCCUAUGGUGAGUGCAGUCUUUUAUUUUCUUAAUUUACCUAGUAUCAUUUUAUUUCAUACUUAGAAGAGAUUUCAUAUAUUUGUAGACUUUGAAAUGCCUGCUGUUCUAUUUCGUUUAUUUCAGAGAAACCCUGUCUGAAGGAAUGGUGGAAGUUUGGCACCAGCUGUUAUUAUGUCUCCUCCACGAGGGACACAGGCGGGGACGGUCAGCGGCAGUGCAGAGCAAUGGGUGCUGACUUGGUUGUUAUAAACAGCAGAGAAGAACAGGUAAUAGAGAAUACAUUAGUAAUGCUAUAAUACUACUGUUUCUUUAUUAUUAUUAUAAUUAUUAAUCAUUAACUACAUCUCUGAUUAGUAUUCAAUAUGUGUAAAUAAUUGUAUCACCAAUGUUCAUGUCACUGUCAAUUUAUAGAAUAUACUUCCUGUCAGCAAAGCAAGUUUGCAUGAGAUUAUAUCUAUACCUAUACUAUAGUAUAGCAGCUGAGGCUGCAACCUGAUCUCAUAGUUUCACUUCGACAUUCGACGUAAUCUGGAUCAAAGUCUAUUUUUGACGCAUUCAUUCCAUGUGGUUACAGGGUUAAUUCUGUGAGGUUACAGGGUUCAAACAGAAACAACUCAAAGGGUUAUGGUUAGGGGUUAAGGUUAGGGCAAUUGGUUGGGGAAGGCUUCAAACUAAAAUGAUUAAAAACAACGCUCUGUUUCCAUCAAGUACUCUCCCUCUUGCCUGAGCAUUGUGAACUGCCGUGGCGCAGUCGUCAGUGCAGAUUGGUCUGUGUGGUGUGAGCAUGCUUCCCCUCCAAGCUUCCUGAGUUUGCACCAGUGCUCGGCAACGUUUUUGUAUUUUAUGUGAGCGCUGAAGAAGGCAUAUAUCAAAGUUCUCAGGACCUUUUCAAACAUCCUAAAUCCCCUUGUAAUUCUAUUGACCAGGCUCAGUACAUUAUACUACUACUACUACUAUUAGACUACUACUACUAUUAUUAUUUAUAAAAAUGUAAAAGUGUUCCUCUCCUGUGGAGAUUAAAUAAUGGCCAUUGUUUUUCUUACAAAAUUAUAUUAUAGAUAUUUAUCAAUGGAUUUAAGAAGAAUGUCUGGAUUGGUGCAUAUAAAAAAGACGGAAUCUGGAAGUGGGUUGGCAACUCAACAUUUAAACCUACGUAAGUGAACAGGUUCUGGAUGACUUUUUUUCUGUUGUAAUAAAUUACUUUUUACAGUCCGAUAAUCUUGUCCUCAGCCAGAUGUCUCUCUCACUCUCUGUCAAAUGGUAGCAAUUGAGCCUGGACACUAGGUUAACCGUCUGAUUCUCUAUUUUGUAUUGGACGAUAUUAAACUCUGAUUCUCUGUGUUGUUUAUAGCUAUUGGAUGGAAGGGGAACCAAGUAACUUGAAUGACAAGGUGACUUGUAUUGAGAUCUCACAGACGGCAUCAGACCCAUUGAAGAGUUGGAAGGGUGGAAUAUGUACUUCAAAUUACUGGGUAUGUGAAAAACCGUUCACACCGUAGUCUAAUUAUAAUAACUAAUGUAAGCCCCUAUCUUAUGGAGUUGCACUGGUUUUCCCUUUGUUAGGCUUAACGUGUUUCUAUGUGUAUCUACAUUGAAAGAUGUAUUUGAUGUCUUUAAAGAGACCAGGGUUAUGUGGAGUUGGUCCACCGUUCAUCAGGCCCAGGGGAGUGGAACUGUGGUCUAGUAGGCUCUAACUGUGGU